AUGAGUUCAAAGAGUGUUGCAUCCAUUACAAUUGAUCUCAUCAUCGUCGUCUUCGCCCUUUGCAUCUUCUUCUUCACCACUCCUAGCUUCGCCCAAGCGCCAACCGUGUCACCACCAUCACCACCGCCGAAAUGUCCUCCUUUGCAAGCUUGCGUUGCUUUGUUGCCAUUUUUGGGAAAGAUUGGGGUUGGUAUUCAACAAGCCCAACCUUGUUGCUCCAUCAUCGGUGGUCUUGUAGAGGCUGAUGCUGUUGCAUGUGUUUGUGAAGUAGUCAAGGCUAAUGUUGUUGGAAUAAACAUUAAUAUUCCCGUAAAGGAAGUACUCAAGGUUUGUGAACAAAAUGUACCCAGUUUCUCCCAAUGCAGUUAA